CAUUCUAAAAUUUUCGUGUACCGGUAACAAUGUUAUCUGAAGCUAGCAAGUAAUUUUAUGUUAUAAUGAACUCAAACAAACAAGAAUAUUUGUGUUGCACAAUGACUUUCUAAAAAAAAAGAAAGCAAUAAUAUGUUACCUUCACUUGGUUUAUUUAAAGGAUUUCCUUGUCCUUAUUAUACGGGAACAAACAGCAAUACUGAGCACAAUGGAACACAAUCUUGCCAAAGGCCGUACUGCCACUUUAAGCAUGUGCGAAAAGAUGAAAAUCCAACUACAAAUAAUGUGUCUGUUCCGGACUAUAAACCUUCACCAAAACUGCUCCCCUUACCUACAAUUACAAAAUCCAAACCAAAGUUGGAGUAUCAACCCGAGAAGCCAGCCUUGAAUGCUAGCCCUUCGAAACCACCUUUGGGUUUUGAACUACGUGCCCCCAUUUAUAUUCCUGGAACAUGUAAAAAUGAUGAUCAGAAUAUGUUUAGUUUAAAUCUUGAUGAUUGUGAAGAGGAGUUAAACGAACUUGGUGAAAUAUUGGAAACUGAAGUAGCCGUAAAAGACAUUAAGCCAAAUGGUGAAAUACCAUGUACUACAGAAAAGGACGAUAAUCAAAAUAAGAUUAAUAAUGCUAAAGAAAAAAAUGAAAUAAAAAUCAAGAAUGAUACAAAUAUCAAAGAAGAGAAAACAGGUUUCCGACGUAAUAGUAAGGAUAUAAAGCAAACAAAAGAAAGCCCUAUUCCUAGUGCAACAUCUUUUUCGAAGAGUAGGUCACAUAGUAAAGAAAGUCAAUUCAAUGAUAUUCCCAAAGAAGAAAGUAAAACCUCAUACAAAACGGAAAACAGAAAACAAAGAGAAUCUAGAUACGAAGAUCACGCGAAAAAAGAAAAGGAUAAAAAGAGACAUAACCAUGAAAAAGACCAGAGGCCUAGUUCGUCUUCGAGAUCUUCCUCAUCAAAGAGUAGGUCUUUGCCAACUUUAACUGAGAGUAAAGAAGACUCCAAAAAUCGCAAUGGUUCAAAACAAUCCUCUUCAAAAUCAAAUCAUAGCUCAUCGAACAAAAAUCACACAGAAAGGAAAAUAGCACCAUCAAAGAAUCAUAAUUCAUCAAUUAAAUUAACAGAAAGUGGUGAGCAAUUUCCAAUCACAGAAGAAAUUAAUAAGGAAUGUCAAAUGAUAUAUGAACAAUUGGAAAAAGAUUUUGCUUCCUUUCAUAAAGAUAAAAGCGGUGAACUCAAGAGCACAACCAAUGAAUCUAAACCAUUGAAACGUAGCCAAUCACAAGAGGAUGAAUAUGUUGCGAGCUCAUUACCAAAGAAGAGAGUAGCUUACCAAAACGCAGACAAAUUAAAAGUACAAUCUCCGGUUUUAUUGCGAAAACCCGAUCACAUACGUAAUGCUAUGCAUGCUAUUUUCAAUCGACAAUCAACGAUGGUUCGCAAAAGAGUAGAGGACGCUACUGUAGUCCACACAUCGGUGCGGGAAGCUGAGGAAAGAGUGCGCGAAGCAACCGAAGCUUUGCGUAAAGCAAAAGAAAAGACUCAGCUAACGCCACUUAUACCGAAAAGUUAUUUAACACCGCCGACUCGUAUAGCUCGUACAAUUGCACCAGUCGCAAAUAUGAUCGCUUUGGAGCGUGCAAAGAAGAAAGUGGAAGAGCUUAGAGCGGAGAAACAGCCUGCAUUUACCCCAGCACAAACAACCAAAAAAGGCGAACGCGUUGCGCACAAAAUUACCGCAGCAUUGGCAACCAAGGAAGCUAUAAAGCCCGCGAAACCUCCCGUUUUGGAGGCAAAUUCAUCGAAAAUAUCAUUUAAUAUCCGUAUGCAGUAUUACGAAAUGAUGGUGAAACAUUGCUUAGCCAUAUAUCCAAAUAUGAACGAUGCUUGGGAACGGGCACAAACAGAGGAGCUCGCAGUUUUAAAAAAAUGUAAUACACCUGUAAUUUAUAAAAGUAGUGCUUUGUUAGCCAUAAAUAAAUUGAGAAAGGAAGCCACCGAUUCAGGAAAUAAACCAGCCGACACAAACAGAAUGGUAUCUCACGAAGUUAUAUUGGCUGGAAAACUAGCUAAAUCCAAUACUUGGAGUGUGCAGAAAAAAAUAAGAAGUGAUGCGAGCGAUGGAAAUGAACCUUUUGACAAGUUGCCUGGCGAUAAAGCAUACAAAAUGGUGUACGAGUUACGUCUCACUGAGGCGCAAUUGACAUCAAAUGGCUUUCCCCGACCUGGAAACGGUCCUGGCAAUGCAGUUAUAACCAGCACGCGACCUUCACGACGUCCCAAUGCCGCCGAACGCUAUUGCAGUCGUUGUGGCAAAGUGUUCAAUUUGAAAAUUUACGAUGAAAUAUGUGUGGACGAUUGCAAUUAUCAUCCGAAAAGUGCUGGUUAUCGUAGAGGAUUCGCAGACAAUCAUCACCGUUGUUGUCAACAACCAGCUGGCACACCUGGCUGCUCCUAUGCUAAUUAUCAUGUUGCUGAUUAUGUUGAUUACGAUAAUCUUACCGGCUAUAUUACAACAAUUAAAAAGCAAGGCGACUAUAUACCAACCAAAAAGGAUAUUUAUGCGCUAGAUUGUGAAAUGUGUUACACAACGUUGGGCAUUGAGCUGACACGCGUUACUGUCGUCGACAUCAAUGGACGCACAGUUUACGAUGCGCUUGUUAAACCAGAAAACAAAAUUGUAGAUUACAAUACUGUUUAUUCUGGCAUUACUGAGGCGAUGUUGAAGCACGAGACCAGAACCUUACAUGAUGUGCAAGCUAUACUCAUGUCGAUGUUUCAUUCAAAAAGUAUUCUAGUCGGCCACAGUUUGGACAGCGAUCUUAAGGCUUUAAAGCUGAUACACAACGUAGUAGUAGACACAUCGGUAUUAUUUCCACACAAAAUGGGACCGCCAAAGAAGCGAGCACUUAAAACUUUAUGCAUUGAAAAUUUAAAACGGAUUAUUCAGGAAAAUGAGGCUGGUCACGACAGUGCCGAGGAUGCUGAAGUCUGUAUACAGUUAGUGAAAUUCUAUCUUCGUAAUAAAAUUAGUUGAGCACAUUUCAUGUUACAAAUCAGUAUGACAGUGAGGAUUAAUUAUUACAUCACUUAAGAAAGCAUGAACAAAUUAUUAUUUAAACAGUACUACGUGUGAAAGUUGCAGCAUUUUACCAGAUUUUUAUUUAUUUAAGUUAUUGAAAACAAGUUUAGGUUCUUUUUUUUCUUCUAAUUAUGAGUCAAAUAAAACAUUGUAAAAUAAAAUUCUAAUAUCUAUUUAAAGUCAUAA